AUGGCUAACUUUUUCUUGUGUUCCUCAUCUCAAGGUGUUCAAAAUUCAUGCUUCGUUCUCUUAGUCUGUUCAUCUUUACUCUUGUUGCCCUUGUCUAAAUCAGUAUACUUUGAGUUCACUGAGUUUCCUGACGACCAAACUAGUGUACUAUGUUCAGGUGAUGCCAAAACUUCUCGUGGAAACAUCCAGUUCAACAAAGUCAAUAAUAGCCUCUAUCGUGUUGGCCAUGUGAAUUACCCAAAUGCAGUCCAGAUAUGGGACAGAAAAUCCGAGAAGCUCACAGAUUUCGUCACUCACUUCACUUUCAUCAUUGAGACACAACCUCCAAAAGACUCUGGCCAUGGUUUCACUUUCUUUCUUGCCCCAGUUGGCUUCGAAAUCCCACCUAACUCAGGUGCUGGCUAUUUAGGCCUGUUUAACUCUAGUUACCCUAACUCCUCCUUAAACAAAAUACUUUUCGUUGAGUUUGAUUCCUACCCAGACAGAUGGGAUCCUCCAUUCGAACAUGUGGGUAUCAACAAGAACUGGCUUGGUUCUGUUGCUUUCAGUCCUUGGAAUUCCAGUUUGCACAGCGGGGAUCCUGCUGAUGCUUGGGUUUCCUACAAUUCUACCACACAGAUGCUUAGCCUUUCAUGGCGCUAUGGGAAGUUCAUAUCAACCUUGAAUACGAGUCUUUCGUAUCAAGUUGACUUAAGGGAAGUUCUUCCCGAGUGGGUAACAAUUGGAUUUUCCGCUGCCACUGGUAGAGCAAUGGAGAGACAUAUCCUUCAAUACUGGGAGUUUAAUUCAAGCUUGAAUAUAGUUGAUAAAAAAGAAGAUACGUCAAAGAAAAUGAAACUAUCAAUGGGGUUAGCAGUUCCUUUGAGUGUUGUAGCUGUAGGAGGUCUAGUAACAUGUGCUAUAUUUUGGAGGAGAGAAAAUAAGCGUACUAAAAAGUCGCUAGAUAAAGAUGGGUUGCCAUCCAUAAACGACGAUCUUGAAAGGGGAGCAGGACCCAAACGAUUUUCAUUCAAAGAUCUUAUUCUGGCUACCAACAACUUCUCCGAUGACCAGAAGUUAGGCGAGGGAGGAUUCGGAUGUGUCUACAAGGGCUACUUAUCACGUGAAGGAAUGGUAGUUGCUGUCAAGAAAAUAUCACAGGGUUCAAGACAGGGAAAGAAGGAGUACAUGACCGAAGUGAAAAUCAUUAGCAGUUUAAGGCACCGAAACCUUGUUCAACUCAUCGGUUGGUGCCAUGAUCAAACUCAAUUCUUGCUUGUGUACGAGUUUUUGCCAAACGGAAGCCUUGACUCUCAUCUUUUCUUCAAAAAGAGCACCCUCCCAUGGACAAUAAGGUACAAGAUCGCUCUAGGUUUAGCUUCCGCGUUGUUAUAUCUCCAUGAAGAAUGUGAACGUUGUGUGGUGCAUCGAGAUAUCAAAUCUAGCAACAUCAUGCUUGAUUCAGGAUUUAAUGUGAAGCUCGGAGACUUCGGAUUGGCUAGACAUAUGGACCAUGAACAUGGUCUACAAACAACCGCUUUAGCCGGAACUCUCGGUUACAUUUGCCCUGAGUACGUAACAACAGGGAAGGCUAGUAAAGAGUCAGAUGUGUAUAGUUUUGGGGUGGUUGCAUUAGAGAUAGCUUGUGGGCGAAAGGCAACCGAUAAAGUUGACCCAAGUUCUUAUCUAGGACUGGUGCAGUGGGUCUGGGGUUUAUUCGAAAAGGGUGAACUGCUUUCAUACGUUGACACGACGUUGAACAAGGAAUUUGAUAUGACAGAAGUUGAGCGUUUGAUGAUGGUGGGGUUAUGGUGUUCACAUCCUGACCGCAGUAUGCGACCAUCGAUUAGACAAGCAAUUCACGUACUCAAGUUCGAGGCAACAGUCCCAAAACUUCCAUUAAAGAUGCCGAUACCCUUGUACUACACCGCAGCAGAUGUCCCUCAAAUCAGUUCUGGUGGCGCUACUAUGUCUACCACUAGCAUUGAUCUUGUUCGUUGAAUAAUAAUAAUAGUAGAUAAAAUAUCUGUAGGUUUGGAUACAAUGAAAGCAAGUUGUUCAAUUGCGUUUUUGUGAUAUAUGAGGACAACACAAAUUACCAUUUAAUUACACAAAAGAGGGAAUUUCUUAGAUUCUCAUCUGUACUACUUCAA